AUGGCCCAGAGCAGCUGGGAGAAGCGCCUGGAAAAGCAGAGCCCAGGCUCCUUCUCUCUGGCUUCCUGUCAUCCCAUUACAGGUGGUAGUGGUGGAAGUGGCAAUCAGGAAGAGGUGCAGGAGGGGAGCAGCAGCCCACCACCAGCAACAGUCCCUGCCUCAUCCGGGACCAGUACCAUCACUGAGGAAGCCCAGCUGGGAGAGCAGGACGUGCAACAGUCAAAGCAGCAGCCAGAACUGCAACAGCAGCAACCACAGAACCAGCCAGAAUUGUCACAAGAGCAGCAGGGGCACGAUGGGCAGAAGCAGCUGUCUUCACCACAGCAGGAACUGCAGGAAAGCCACCAAUGCACACAGCACCAUGAGCUGGAGCCCCAGCUGCAAGGAAUGGAAAAGCAGAGCCAGGAGCAACCCCAGAAGCAAGAGCAACAUCUAGUGCAGCAGCAGCAGCAGCAAUUACAGCAGCAGCAGGCACAAGAUCAGCAGUUAGAGCAGCAGCAAGAACAAAGUCAACAAUUGCAGCAGGAACAACAGCUGUUGCUGCAGCCACAAGGGCAAGACCUACUACAGCAGCAACUGCUCCAUCAACAGCAACUGCUCCAGCAGCAGGAGCAGCUGCAGCAGCAACAGUUCCAGCAGCAGCAGGAACAGUUGCAGCAGCAGCAACUGCUGUUGCUGCAGCAGCAGGAGCAGUUACAGCAGCAGUUUUUGCACCACCAGCAGCAGGCACAGCUGCAGCAGCAGCUCCUGCAGCAGCAGCAGGCACACAUACAGCAGCAGCUGUUGCUACAGCAGCAGGCACAGAUGCAGCAGCAGCAGCAGCAGCAGCAACAGCAGCCGCCUCCGCUGGACCCGGAGGAGGAGGAGGAGGUGGAACUGGAGCUUAUGCCAGUGGACAUGGGGUCAGAGCAGGAGCUGGAACAGCAGCGCCAGGAGCUGGAACGGCAGCAAGAGCUGGAGCGCCAGCAGGAGCAGCGACAGCUGCAGCUAAAACUGCAGGAGCAGCUGCGGCAGCUAGAGAAGCAGCUGGAGCAGCAGCAGCGGCUGGAGCAGGAGCAGCUGGAGCGGCAGGAGGUGCAGCUGGAGCUGACCCCGGUGGACCUGGGUGCGCAGCCCCCUCACGAGGUGCAGCUGGAGCUGACCCCGGUGCAACCGGAGCUGCAGCUGGAGCUGGUGCCUGCGGCGGGCAGCGGGGACCGGCCGACCAUCUGCGGCGAGUGCGGCAAGGGCUUCAGCCGCAGCACGGACCUGGUGCGGCACCAGGCCACGCACACGGGCGAGCGGCCGCACCGCUGCGGCGAGUGCGGCAAGGGCUUCUCGCAGCACUCGAACCUGGUGACGCACCAGCGCAUCCACACCGGCGAGAAGCCCUACAUCUGCUCCUACUGCGGCAAGCGCUUCAGCGAGAGCUCGGCGCUGGUGCAGCACCAGCGCACGCACACGGGCGAGCGGCCCUACGCCUGCGCCGACUGCGGCAAGCGCUUCAGCGUCUCCUCCAACCUGCUGCGCCACCGGCGUACGCACUCGGGCGAGCGGCCCUACGCCUGCGAGGACUGCGGCGAGCGCUUCCGACACAAGGCGCAGAUCCGCCGCCACGAGCGCCAGCUGCACGGCGUUCUUCCUGUUGGACUUUCCUUCCUUACCGUAUCUCAGUCUCUGGCACUUUUUAGAAUUCGCUGGAAGCGCUACCUGUCCUGGGACAGCUUCACCCCAUCUUCUGCCCCAUGGCUGCUGGUGUAUGCCUCAUCAUCGGGACUUUGA